AUGUUUGUAUAUCCUCACAAACUUAUUCUAAAAACUUGUGGUACUACAACCCUUCUUGCCGCUAUACCCCGUUUAUUAGAAAUUGUUUCACAAUAUUGUAAUUGUCGUAAAAUUUGGAGAGUUUUUUAUUCUCGUAAAAGUUUCAUGUUUCCAGAAAGACAAUUACAUCCUCAUAAGGAUUGGAAAGAUGAAGUCGCUUAUUUGGAUCAACAUUUUGCUGCGUACACAGUGGGAAAAGUUAAUGACGACCAUUGUCACAAUAAUCGCAAUAAUCACAAAUAUCACGAUGAUGAUCAAACCAUAGAAAUUUUAAUGACCGAAUUAAGUCCAGCGACAAUUAGAAAAUUCUAUCGUAAACCUGUGGAUGAAGAUUCAGGAGGUAAAGGAGGUACAAGAAUUGAUAGAGAAACUGGUUUAAUCAACUUAUAUCCUUCUGCAUUACUUGAUUCAUAUCUAUUUGAACCUUGUGGAUAUUCUUCAAAUGGAUUACUUAAAGAUAAUUAUUUUAAUAUUCACGUCACACCAGAGGUAGAUUGUUCUUAUGCUUCAUUUGAAACAAAUAUCUUUGAAAAUCAUGAAAAAAUUCCGAAUCUCAUUAAUCAAGUGAUUAACAUUUUUGAACCGAGAAAAUUUACUGUAACGGUUUUCAAUACGAAUACCCCAAAUACGGAUAAAAAACUUCUGAUAUCAUCUAUAAGUAAUUUUUGGGGUUACGUUCGAAAAGAUAAAAUACUUUAUGAAUUUGAUGGUUACGAUUUGAUUUUUGGACAUUUUGAAAGAGAAAAAAAUGUAAAAAUAUAA